CGUCACAACCAGAUGUUCUCCACAGGAACACAGCAUGUCACGUCGCCAAGUGCUGAGUUAUUAAACCAAGUCAUCGUAAGGCUAAGGAAUGCUUAGCUCAAUACAAAUUGUCGCAUAUUAACCACUCCUAUCAGCUAUAUGCAAAGAUGCUAACUGGGCACCUUGGUCGACCUCGUUCUCCUUCAUACGUUUUAACUCUACCUUUUCGACAGAAACCAUGGGAGAAAACAAUCAAUGGCCAUGGCUACAUCAAGUGCAGCCAUUGUUAUAUUGGUCCAAUAGGGCAAUGGAAAGUGCUAACAACUUCCCUGAGCUGCUAGAGACAUGUGGUAUGAUUUAUCAAUCAGGGAGCUCAAGCACUGCGACCUGCGCUUCCAAUACCCCCACAAGCAUAACCACAUGCCAUUCUUCACCGCAGCACAGCGACUUCGAAAAAGUUACCUACCCCGAUAGUUUGCCUACGAAGCAUGAAAAGAACUUAGAGACAAUUUCGAACGAAAAACCUCACAUAAAACAAGCGAAGCAAGUAGAACCACAUAAUCCAACUAGAUCCUACAACGCCGACUUGAAUUGUGGACUGGACGCUCCUGUUCUAAGUCAACAGCCAGGAAAACAGGAAACGCGACCAUCACGAGAUGGACUUGUACGACUUCGUCACCCACAAAAGAUUGCGUCGAAAAGAUUGGACCCAAACCUAUCCGAAGUAGGAAAGAAGGCACAUAACCGGAACGAAAAGCGGUAUCGAGAUAAUAUAAAUGCUAAAUUUGAGCAACUCGAAGAUAUAACUAAAUCUUGCGUCAUAAAGACCGAAGACCUGAACGGCAUUGAUGGGAAUUCAAAGAAAGGCAGAAAGCCUAGUAGAAAGGCGUUGAUUUUACAAAAUGCCUGUAACUGCAUUGCGGGACUCAAGGCUGAUUUGCUACUGUUACGCAAGGAAGUGGAUAAACAUGGCAUAUCGGUAUAAACUUAGCUUGAGGAAAAU